AUGGACGAUGCUUUGAUAGAUGCAUAUUUGCAUCAACAAGCAAUGGGGAACCGAGUUGGAGGAACUUUCACUACACAUGCAUUGGAUAAUAUAGUGAAUGAGAUGAAGGGUAAAUUUCCCGAUAAACCAAUAGACAAAGAAAAAUUGCAAAAUUGCAUGAAAAAUAUAAAAAGACCAUUUAAACGAUGCUAUGACAUUUUCAAAAAUGGAAUGAGCGGAUUUGCUUGGAGUCCAACAACGGAAAUGUGGAAUGCCGAGCCGGAGGUGUGGCAACACCUAAUUGAGGUUAAACCAGAAGCCUCUGAAUGGAUGAACAAGAGUAUUAGGAAUUAUGAAAAAUUAGUUCAACUUUAUGGCCAAGAUAGGGCAACUGGACAACAUGCCGAGACCGCGUCAGAGAUGAGAAGAAGAACACUUCAAAAUUCGGGAAAUACAUCACGUAGCCCUUAUUCGGUGGACACAAUCAAUGAUAUUGACUUUAUGGUUUCCCAAAAUGAAGCAAAUUUGGAGAAAUUGUGCGAGAAUGAAAAUAUACCUUCACAUGAUAAUGAAGUUGAAGAUGAAGCUUCACCACUAGAUCAACCAUCACAAUUUGAGACUCCAAGUUCUUCUAGGUCCAAAAGAGUUAGAAGAAAUGACAAUCAUGAAGAUGCAGACAUGUCCAUAGCUAUUGCGUCAAUAGCUAGUGCUCUCGUUCAAUCAACUAAGACAAUGGAGAAAACAAACACAACAAUAGAAAGAUCCACAAAUGUGCUAGAACAAUGUGUUGCAAAUCGGGAUCCACUUAAAGAUUUUGAUGUAUGGGAUAUGGUUACAAACAUAGGAAUACCACACUUUCUCCAUACCAAAGCAUAUGUGUUCCUUGUCAAUGACCCAAAAUUGUUAGAAAGUGUGAUUAGAUGCCCGGAAUCGCAUCGCAAAUCGGUGUUGUUGGAGUUAAUGGGUCAUCAUCAUGGAUCACAAGACUGA